GUAAACCAACCCAAAGAACCCAGUUGAACCAACCAGUAUUUAGCAGGAUCCACAACAUUGAUUGAUUAAAUUUUCGCAAAAAAGUUAAAACCGGGUAAAAGAAAUGGCUGAUUCUACGGUAUUAGACGCUACUAAAAUGAAGGUAGUUGAUUUACGUAAAGAGUUGAAGUCGCGUGGCCUUCCUCAUACGGGCGACAAAGCAGAACUCGUGGCUAGACUACAAACAGCCUUGGCACAAGACGAUCACCAGGAUAUCAAUUUGGAUUCAGAUGAAAUAGACUCUGAUAGUGUGCUGGAAGAAGAGGAAAAAUUGGACGACGAUGACGAAAAAAGCCAAACAGACAUACUUGAUGACUCUGCAGUAGACACUAUAAACGAAGAAUUGGCGCUUGCCGAUCAACCGGCGCCGAAGCUUGCCAGCGAGGUGAAGCCGCUAAGAACACUCAAGCGAAAAAUAACUGCAGACUCAAAGGAGUCCAAAGAAGAAAAUAAGGAGGCUGGAUCUAAAAAAAUUGUGUUAAACAGGGCAAUUUCUGUGACACCGGCAGUUAAACUAGAUGCAGAAACCACCCAAAGUCAACCUGAAGUUACAGCUCCAACUGAUAAUAAAAUAAAAAUAACUGCAGACAUUGAUGUCAAAACAAGGUUAGAAAUGCGCGCUAAAAGAUUUGGAUUACCCGUCAAGAUCUCAGAUAAUGAAAGGAAAGAGGCCAGAAAACAGAGAUUUGGCCAGAACACCUCAAGCGCAAUUACUUCAAACAAGACACCAGCAACAUUGAGUGAGAAUUUUGAUAAACUCAAACAAAGAGCGGAAAGAUUUGGACAAUCAGUAUCUAAAAUUAUGACUGAUAUAGAACUUAAGGAAAGGAUUGAGAAACGCAAGGCUAAGUUUGGUACUGUUAAGUAAAGAAACAUGUUAGAAUAAGGAAAAUAACUGUAAAUAUCCACAUCACCUUUGCAAAAUUUCUGUAUAAGUAGAAUUGUUGAUAUCGUUCUGUGCCUGCAAUACGGCCAUAUGGGCAGGGAUCGGAACCAGUUUUUUGCAAAAACUUCGAAAUAACCAUAUAUUUGGAAUUAUUUUACACUUGAAAUGUAGGACUCAGUUGUGUUACUUGUGUUUAAUGUAACAACUUCGUAUUGUUAGAUUGCCCAAUUAGAAAUGAAAUCAUUAACAAAGAAUGAAUAAAUACCAUUUUCGUUCCCAUACAAAAAAUACCGGUAUCUAAUCCCUGCAUUUGGGCACCAACAUUUUUAAUGGAAAUUUAACUUUAAUUAAGAUUGAAUCUCCAAUAAUCAUAAAUUUUGAGAUGUGGAUAGCAGGCAGGGGAUGAUAUGACUUAAAUUUCAUGAAAUUAAAUAUUUUGCAGUA